GAGAAGCAUGAAGCAAUAGAGGGUGAAUUAGUUGUGCAGCCAUCUGAUGAUCAUUUCUGGUUUCAGCGCCCCCAAUUUUGUUCUCAACGUCAUACACUUUAUUCUCUUCCAAAACGCUUUUGAAAUCGCCUUCUUCUUCUGAAUAUGGCUGCAAUAUGGGUUUGAUUCCUGCAUCAUGGGACAAGUCAAGUACAUUGUGCCCAGGCUUCUCAUAGGGUAUAUAUUAGUUAGAUGUUAUAAAUUUCAGAAUAAUAGUCAUAAAUUUAGACUUAGAAGUCACACUUGUUAAUUUAAAAGUAAGGAUAAAAAGAAGCAACAAGACUACUUAGUUACACUUGAUUAUUUAAAGGUUACACUUGAUUACACUUAGUUUAAGAAAUUAAAUUAAAAUUAAAUCAUGUACUUUUGAAAUAUUAUAACACAAAGGAAGGUCUUUUGAAGUUAUUGGACUAAGUGCUAUGAUUUUUUUUAUCAGAAUCUAUGAAUCAAGAUCUAUUUGUGUGAUUGUAAAGUAUUUUUUCUUGAUCGUAGAUAUGGAAAAUCUUGAAGUAGCCAAUGAUAAUGUCAAAGAACCAUUGAGAGAUUAGCAUACUCAUGUUGAUGCUUAUGGUUCUCUAAGUAAUUUAUUUUCUUUGUUAGAUUCAAAAAAAAUUAUACUACAAGUUAUGACUUUAUGUUUAUAAGUUAGCAUUCUGGACCUAUUAGUGUGAUAGUGAAAUUAUGAUCUUAUAUUUAGUUUGGUUACAUUUUUAAGGUGGAACUUUGAGAAGAAAUAUAUGAAGGAAGAAAAUUAAAAAAGAUUAUUUUUUCGGAUGAUGUACUUAACUUUGUUUCUCUUUUUUAGAUUAGCGUUUUUGGAUCUGGUUUAAUGUUAUUAGACUAGAAGUUAUGACUUCAUUUCUAUUAGUUAUUAUUCUGGCUCUUUCAGUGUGUGUUAAUAAUAAAUGAUUUAUUUCACGGAAUCAUAGUUUACUCAAACAACACAAGAAUAGUCUCUUCUAGCGGACUCACUGAAAUAUAAGGGAAAAAAGCAGCAAAGAGAUUUGAAAGAAAAGCAGUUGUACCAGGAAAAAGGAAAAGGAAAUGGGUAGGAAUACAAAUAUGCAGCUGUAAAUAAUUUAUUCAUAUUUUGAACUCAGAAUAAUUUAUUGUUAAUAAUAUUCAAUAACAUCAUUAUUUAGGCUAUGUGGGAGUCGAACCCACACUUCUCUGCAAAUUUGCACAUUGCUCUCCCAGUUAAGCUAAUAACCUUUAUAAGUGAAAAUUAAAUUAAAAUUAAAGCAUUGAGAUGAUAAAUUUAGGGAAAAUAAUAAAUCAACUCAUCCAGACAAAUCUGAAGUUGCAAAAGAUCCCAAAUAACAGGAGCUCCUCGACUAACCAACAAUCAAAAUCGCACUACAAAACUCAUUAACACUCUAGGCAUAUGGCUUGAUGGCUGUUGCAUCACUGCAUCAAUCAAGAUAUUGAGCUCUGUUAACCAUGGCUGAUGCUACCAAUGACUAGAACCCAUACAAAUGCUGAUAUUUGCACAUUUAUUUACCAUUUGGCCGAUGCUGUAAUUGAUGGCAAUCAUUGUUCAAAAUUCACUAACUACAACAUCCAAUGAAGGUUGUCGCUAGCAUGUCAACCGCAUAAGAACUUGUAUUUACAAUUAUCUAACUUUUAAACCAAAAAGUUUAACUUCUAUUCCAAAAUAUGUAACCUUUUAGAAUAUGUCUCUAACUAGACACACAAAAUGACUAUUAUAUUAUUGUAAUAGGUAUAACCUGUAACGUAAAACUUCACCCUAAAUUUUGACACCUUUCAGUAAAAAAAACAAGCACUACAACAAGGAUCCUUUCCGGUUAGAUAUUUGGGUUAAUAUCGAGAGUAGAAUUCCUCAUAUUUUACAAAAUGUGGGUUUUCAACAAGGAUCCUUUCCGGUUAGAUAUUUGGGUAUCCCAUUGGCUCCUCUAAAUAUAUCUGUUGCACAGUUCUCUCCUUUGAUUGACACGGUCACAGGUUAUUUAGAAGUAUGGAACUCGAAAACUCUUUCCUAUGCGGGGAAGGUUGAGUUGAUUACAUCAGUCAUGCAAGGUGUUCAAUCGUUCUGGCUGGGUAUUUUCCCUAUGCCGAGAGCUAUACUUGAUAGAAUUACAACCCUAUGCAGACUGUUUCUUUGGGGUAGCAAACGUGCAAAAGUUGCAUGGAGUGAUAUUUGCCUACCAAAGAAUGAGGGGGGUUUAGGUAUUAGGGACACAAAGGUGUGGAAUAAUGCCUUACUUUCCCGAACCCUUUGGAAUAUCCAUGGAAAUAAAGAAUCACUUUGGGUUAAGUGGGUGCAUGGGAUUUAUCUUAAAGGUAGGUGUGUGUGGACGUUUGUGCCACACAAUAAGGACUCACGGCUUAUGAAGAAUUUUGCUUCUAUUCGAGAUUUGAUUGUUUCUAAGUUCUCUUCUUUGGACCAGGCCCUCACCUUUUUGGGGAAGUGCUCCCACAAUGGGAAACUCUCCUCGUCUAAAGUGUAUGACUUGCUUAGAAUAAAGGGCACUAUCCACCCAUGGAUGUCCUUCAUAUGGAAGAGUUAUAUCCCGCCCAAAUUUUCAUUCAUUACUUGGUUGGCCUUCCGUGGGAGGUUAGCUACGUAUGAUAGUUUGGGCUUUCUUGAUGUGAUUAACAUUUGUCCUUUUUGUAAGGGUGGCCCGGAAACGGUGUCACACCUAUAUUUUGAGUGUUCGUUUACAGGACAGGUUUGGAAUAUGAUCAGAGAUUGGCUUGGAAUAACGAGACAGAUGAACACACUUUCAAGUGCUGUCAAGUGGAUGAAGAAGGAACACAAUGGAGCAAAUGUGAAGGCCAAAGCCGUGAAGCUAUCUUUUUGCUAUACCAUCUAUUGGACAUGGCGCAUGAGGAACAUGAUUUGUUUUGAGAAGACCACAACCACGGUGAUUGAUAUGGUCAAACAUAUCAAGUUUAUGGUGUAUAAAGUUCUUUACUAUAUGUAUCCGAUUGAAAGGGUAACAUUCUGAUGUUUUUGCUGAUUCGUCACCUUUUUUGUGAUGGCUAGCAUGAGUAUGUAGCUAGCUAGAUAGAUGCGGUAUCUUUUUGGGGAGGUGACAGGGAAAUCCUUACUUGGAUGACCCAGGAUGGAUGUUUUUGAUCUGUACAGGUGUACAUAA